UUUUCCAUUCUUUUUAAGUGAAAUAAUUUAUUGAAAAAAGUAUGUAUGCAUCAGUGGAACACGGGCCUGUGCUGUGCAGUGACUCCAACAUCCUCUGCCUGUCCUGGAAAGGGCGUGUCCCCAAGAGCGAGAAGGAGAAGCCUGUGUGCAGAAGGCGCUACUAUGAAGAAGGAUGGUUGGCCACGGGCAAUGGGCGUGGUGUGGUGGGGGUGACUUUCACCUCUAGUCACUGUCGCAGAGAUAGGAGUACUCCGCAGAGGAUAAACUUCAACCUUCGAGGCCACAACAGUGAGGUUGUGCUGGUGAGGUGGAAUGAGCCGUACCAGAAACUGGCCACAUGUGAUGCAGAUGGAGGAAUAUUUGUGUGGAUUCAAUAUGAAGGCAGGUGGUCUGUGGAGCUGGUCAAUGACCGUGGGGCUCAGGUGAGUGACUUCACUUGGAGCCACGAUGGGACUCAAGCGCUCAUUUCAUACCGCGAUGGAUUUGUCUUGGUUGGCUCUGUCAGUGGACAAAGACAUUGGUCAUCUGAAAUCAACUUGGAAAGCCAGAUCACGUGUGGCAUAUGGACCCCUGACGACCAGCAGGUGUUGUUUGGCACAGCAGAUGGACAGGUGAUCGUCAUGGACUGCCAUGGCAGAAUGCUGGCCCAUGUCCUCUUGCAUGAAUCCGAUGGCAUCCUCAGCAUGUCCUGGAAUUACCCCAUCUUCCUGGUGGAGGACAGCAGUGAAAGUGACACAGACUCAGAUGACUAUUCUCCUCCCCAAGAUGGCCCUGCGGCAUACCCCGUCCCUGUGCAGAACAUCAAGCCUCUACUCACCGUCAGCUUCACCUCGGGAGACAUCAGCUUAAUGAACAACUACGACGACUUGUCCCCGACUGUCAUCCGUUCAGGGCUGAAAGAGGUGGUGGCCCAGUGGUGUACACAGGGAGACUUACUGGCAGUUGCUGGGAUGGAGCAGCAGCCCCAGCUCAGCGAGCUGCCCAACGGCCCUCUUCUGAAGUGUGCUAUGGUCAAGUUCUACAAUGUUAGAGGGGAGCACAUCUUCACGCUGGACACACUUGUGCAGCGCCCCAUCAUCUCCAUCUGUUGGGGCCAUCGGGACUCCCGGCUGCUGAUGGCCUCAGGACCAGCCCUGUAUGUGGUUCGAGUAGAGCACCGAGUGUCCAGCCUCCAGCUGCUGUGCCAGCAAGUCAUCGCCAGCGCCCUUCGAGAAGAUAAGGACAUCAGCAAGCUGACCUUGCCCCCUCGCCUCUGUUCCUACCUGUCCACUGCCUUCAUUCCCACCAUCAAGCCCCCGAUUCCAGACCCCAACAACAUGCGGGACUUUGUCAGCUACCCCUCCGCUGGUAAUGAGCGGCUGCACUGCACCAUGAAGCGCACAGAGGAUGACCCAGAGGUCGGGGGCCCCUGCUACACACUCUACCUGGAGUACCUGGGAGGACUCGUGCCCAUCCUCAAGGGGAGGCGCAUCAGCAAGCUGCGGCCAGAGUUUGUCAUCAUGGACCCUCGGACUGACAACAAGUCAGAUGAGAUCUAUGGGAACAGCUUGAUUUCUACUGUGAUUGACAGCUGCAACUGCUCAGACUCCAGUGACAUUGAGCUGAGUGAUGACUGGGCUGCCAAGAAGUCUCCCAAAAUUUCCAGAGCUAGCAAAUCGCCCAAACUUCCAAGGAUCAGCAUUGAGGCCCGAAAGUCACCCAAGCUGCCCCGGGCUGCUCAAGAGAUUUCUCGAUCUCCCCGACUGCCCAUGCGCAAGCCCUCCAUGGGCUCGCCCAGCCUGACUCGGAGAGAGUUUCCCUUUGAGGACAUCACUCAGCACAACUACCUUGCUCAGGUCACAUCCAAUAUCUGGGGAACCAAAUUUAAGAUUGUGGGCUUGGCUGCGUUCCUGCCAACCAACCUCGGUGCAGUCAUCUAUAAGACCAGCCUGCUGCAUCUCCAGCCGCGGCAGAUGACCAUUUAUCUCCCGGAAGUUAGGAAGAUUUCCAUGGACUAUAUUAAUCUACCUGUCUUCAACCCAAAUGUUUUCAGCGAAGAUGAAGAUGACUUACCAGUUACCGGAGCAUCCGGUGUCCCUGAAAACAACCCACCUUGUACCGUGAACAUCCCUAUUGCACCAAUCCACAGCUCCGCUCAAGCUCUGUCGCCCACACAGAGCAUAGGGUUGGUGCAGUCCCUGCUGGCCAAUCAAAAUGUGCAGCUGGAUGUCUUGACCAAUCAGACAACAGCUACAGGGGCUGCAGAGCACGCAGGUGAAGCUGCCACCCAGUACCCAGUGUCCAGUCGGUACUCCAGCCCUGGACAGGUGAUUUUUGGAGGUGUAGAGAUGGGCCGCAUCAUUCAGAACCCUCCUCAGUUGCCUUUGCCACCACCGCCGCCGCCGCCACCAGCUCCGGGGCCUGUGCAGCUGUCUGUGGUGGACCACGGAGACCGAGACCAUGAGCACCUGCAGAGGUCAGCCAAGGCCCUGCGGCCGGUGCCUCAGCUGGCAGCCGAGGGGGAUGCAGUGGUUUUCAGUGCCCCCCAGGAGGUCCCGGUGGCAAAGAUGAACCCCCCACCCCCCUACCCGGGGACCAUCCCCGCUGCCCCCACCACAGCAGCCCCCCCACCCCCGCUGCCCCCACCACAGCCUCCAGUGGAUGUGUGUCUGAAGAAGGGUGACUUCUCCCUGUGUGCUCCGACAGCACAUUACCAGCCUCCCCUAGGCUACGAGAGGAUCACCACCUUUGACAGCAGUGGCAAUGUAGAAGAGGUGUGCCGGCCCCGCACUCGGAUGCUCUGUUCCCAGAACACCUACACUCUUCCUGGCCCGGGCAGCUCUGCCACCCUGAGGCUCACAGCCACAGAGAAGAAGGUCCUCCAACCCUGCACCAGUGCCACUCUGAACCGCCUGACCGUCCCUCGGUACUCCAUCCCCACAGGGGAUCCACCUCCAUACCCUGAAAUUGCUAGUCAGCUGGGCCCGGGGCGGAGUGCUACUCAAAGACUGGACAACGGUCUCAUCCAUGCCACCCUGCGAAGGAACAACCGUGAGGUUGCACUGAAGGUGGCCCAGCUGGCUGACAGCUCCCGUGCCCCCCUGCAGCCCCUGGCCAAGCCCAAGGGUGGCCCCAGUGGGCCAGUAGCACAGCUCCCAGCAAGGCCUCCACCUGCCCUAUAUACCUGCAGCCAGUGCAGCGGAGCCGGGUCCAGCUCACAGCCAGGUGCAACCCUGGCCCAUGCUGUCAGCGCCUCCCCACUGGCCUCCCAGUCCUCCUACAAUCUCCUGAGCCCUCCGGACACUUCCCGUGACCGCACUGACUAUGUCAACUCAGCCUUCACGGAGGACGAGGCCCUGUCUCAGCACUGUCAGCCGGAGAAGCCUCUGAGGCAUCCCCCACUUCCUGAAGCUGCCGUGACGGUGAAGAGGCCCCCCCCUUACCAGUGGGACCCUGUGCUGGGUGAGGACGUCUGGGUCCCUCAGGAAAGGACAGCACAGCCUGCGGUGCCCAACCCCUUAAAACUGUCCCCUCUGAUGCUAGGGCCAGGCCAGCACCUGGAUGUAGCUCGAGUGCCCUUUGUGUCUCCCAAAUCUCCGUCCAGCCCUACUGCCACCUUCCAGACGGGCUAUGGCAUGGGGCUGCCAUAUCCAGGCAGCUAUAACAACCCCUCUCUGCCUGGAGUGCAAGCUCCAUGCACCCCUAAAGACGCCCUGUCCCCAGCACAGUUUGCACAACAGGAGUCUGCUGUCGUACUUGAGCCAGCAUACCCACCCGGUCUCUCCUAUUAUACCUUGCCCCCCACAUACCCAGGAAGCAGCACGUGCUCCAGUUUACAGCUGCCUCCUAUCGCCUUGCACCCUUGGAGUUCCUAUAGCACCUGCCCACCCAUGCAGAGCCCCCAGGGCUCUCUCCCCGCCAAGCCCCACUUAGUGGUGGAGAAGCCUCUUGCGUCCCCACCCCCUGCCGAGCUCCAGAGCCACCUGGGCACAGAGGUGAUGGUAGAGACUGCAGACAACUUCCAAGAAGUCCUCUCUCUGACAGAAAGCCCUGUCCCCCAGAGAACAGAAAAAUUUGGAAAGAAGAACCGGAAGCGCCUGGAUAGCCGAGCAGAGGAGGGAAGUGUCCAGGCCAUCACCGAGGGCAAAGUGAAAAAGGAUGCUAGGACCUUGAGUGACUUUAACUCUCUCAUCUCCAGCCCCCGCCUGGGGAGAGAGAAGAAGAAAGUGAAGAGCCAGAAAGAUCAACUGAAAUCCAAGAAGCUGAACAAGACAAACGAAUUCCAGGACAGCUCAGAGAGUGAGCCCGAGCUGUUCAUCAGCGGGGAUGAGCUGAUGAACCAAAGCCAGGGCAGCAAGAAGGGUUGGAAGAGCAAGAGGAGCCUGCGCACAGCCAGUGAGCUGGAGGAGUUCAAGUGCCGCAAAGCGGGCGAGAAGGAGGACGGGCGGCUGGGCAGCCAGGGCUUCGUGUAUGUGAUGGCCAACAAACAGCCCCUGUGGAAUGAAGCCACACAGGUGUACCAGCUGGACUUUGGAGGGAGGGUGACCCAGGAAUCUGCCAAGAACUUCCAGAUCGAGCUGGAGGGGCGGCAGGUGAUGCAGUUUGGACGCAUUGAUGGUAAUGCGUACAUCCUAGACUUCCAGUACCCCUUCUCAGCUGUGCAGGCUUUUGCUGUUGCCCUGGCCAAUGUGACUCAGCGCCUAAAAUGAAGAGACAGAUGCAGGAGGAGACAUGCCAGGAGCCUUCGGAGGAAGAUGUGCUGCUACUACCCAGGAGGACCAGAGACACCGGCGGUAGAGGAAGC